GGUGGAAAAAUGAUGCUAACUUGUAUCAAUUUUUGCAGGUGUUCAUAUGUUUUGCUCAAAAUCAGACUAGGAACACUAAUGAUCCAAUCUGGACUUAAAAGCUAUCUUGAUAUGUAAAAAAGUUUUCAUAUCUUCAGGCAGUGUUAGUUUUCCAGUGUUCCACUGCUGGUGUUUGGGAUUCAUGCAUGUGUCCAGUGACAGCUGUCAUCUGCAGAAGCUUUGGCUGUGCUGGGAAGCUGUACAGCUCUUGAGGCCUGGUUUCCUGUGGAUUUCAUGGGAUCUGCAGACUUCUGGUACAGGAUACAGACAGAUUCACUGGAGAGGUUAUUGCACUUAAGAAUGAACAUUGAAGACAAGCUGGGAGGAUUAUUUCUUAAAUGUGGUGGCAUAGACCAAAUGCAGUCAUCCAGGGCUAUGGUAGGGAUGGGUGCAGUAUCUGACCAGUCCGGAGUGUCGGGAGAACGGCAAGAAUCAGUGCUUCAAGAUCGGACUAUGGCACACCAAGAAAUUCUCGCCACAGAUGAAGUGUUACAGGAGAGUGAACUUCGACAGCAAGAGAUGAUUUCUCAUGAUGAACUCAUGGUCCAUGAGGAGACGGUAAAAAAUGAUGAUGACAUGGAUACGCAAGAUAGACUUCCUCAAGGGCUGCAGUAUGCUGUUAACGUCCCUAUCAGUGUAAAGCAAGAAAUUACCUUUACUGAUGCAUCUGAACAACAGAAACGAGACAAAAAACAAAUACGAGAGCCAGUAGAUUUGCAGAAAAAGAAGAAAAGAAAACAGCGUUCACCAGCAAAAAUCCUUACAAUAAAUGAGGAUGGAUCACUUGGUCCGAAAACCCACAAAUCUCAUGUUUGUGAGCAUUGCAAUGCUGCCUUUAGAACCAACUACCAUUUACAGAGACAUGUCUUCAUUCAUACAGGUGAAAAACCAUUUCAGUGCAGUCAGUGCGACAUGCGUUUCAUACAGAAGUACCUGCUACAGAGGCAUGAGAAGAUUCAUACUGGGGAAAAGCCAUUUCGUUGCGAUGAGUGUGGUAUGAGGUUUAUCCAGAAGUAUCACAUGGAAAGGCACAAAAGAACUCACAGCGGAGAGAAGCCUUACCAGUGUGAAUAUUGUUUGCAGUAUUUCUCCAGGACUGACCGUGUGUUGAAACAUAAACGUAUGUGCCACGAGAACCGCGACAAGAAACCGAACAGAAGUGCCACCAAAGUUGGCUUUUUGCCAUCAGAGGAAGAUUCUGGUUUCUCCACGCCGAUGAAAGACAGCUCCUUGCCAAAGAAGAAAAGGCAGAAAUCAGAGAAAUCAAAAUCUGGAGAUAAGGAAGGUAUGGAUAAAUCAGAACAGAAGAAGGACAAAAAUGACUAUUUGCCUUUGUACUCUUCUAGUACUAAAGUAAAAGAUGAAUACAUGGUAGCGGAAUACGCUGUGGAGAUGCCACAUUCUUCGGUGAGCGGAACGCACUUAGAAGAAGCAAAUUCUGGAGAAAUACACCCACCUAAGCUCGUUCUCAAAAAAGUUAACAGCAAGAGGAGUCUGAAACAGCCACUUGAGCAGAGUCAAACCAUUUCACCUUUAUCUACAUAUGAAGACAACAAGGUUUCAAAGUAUGCCUUUGAUCUUGUGGAUAAGCAAAGUUUACUGGACUCUGAAGGUAAUGCUGACAUCGAUCAAGUUGACACAUUACAGGAAGGGCCCAGUAAACCUGUACACAGCAGCACUAAUUAUGAUGAUGCAAUGCAAUUUUUAAAGAAAAAGAGGUAUCUACAAGCAGCUACUAAUAACAGAGAGUAUGCCUUGAAUGUAAGUACCAUAGCAUCUCAACCUUCAGUAACACAGGCAGCUGUGGCCAGCGUCAUUGAUGAAACGGCUACAGCCUCAAUAUUAGACACACAGGCGCUGAAUGUUGAAAUUAAGGGUAACCACGACAAAAACGUCAUUCCAGAUGAGGUACUGCAAACUCUGUUGGAUCAUUAUUCUCACAAGGCUAAUGGACAACACGAGAUAUCUUUCAGUGUGGCUGACACUGAGGUGACCUCCAGUAUAUCAAUCAAUUCUUCUGAAGUGUCUGAGGUCACUCAGUCUGAGACAGUUGGAACAAGCUCUCAAGCUUCCUCAUCAGAUAAAGCUAGUAUGUUACAGGAAUAUUCAAAAUUUUUGCAGCAAGCUUUGGACAGAACUAGCCAAAAUGAUGCCUAUUUGAACAACCCGAGCCUUAAUUUUGUGACUGAUAACCAGACUCUUACAACACAGCCAGCAUUUCCUUCCAUGGAGAAGGUCUACACAUCUAUACCUGUCAACAGCUUUCGAUCAGGAAUGAACUCUCCACUAAGAACAACUCCAGACAAGUCUCAUUUUGGACUAAUGGUUGGUGACUCGCAGCACCCUUUUCCCUUUUCAGGUGAUGAGGCAAAUCAUUCUUCUUCCUCCUCUACACAGGACUUCUUGGAUCAAGUAACUUCUCAGAAGAAAGCAGAGGCACAACCUGUUCAUCAAGCAUAUCAAAUUAGCUCUUUUGAGCAGCCCUUUAGAGCUCAGUACCAUGGGGCAAGAGCUGGAAUAUCAUCUCAGUUUAGCACUGCCAAUGGACAGGUGAACCUUCGGGGACCAGGGACAAGUGCUGACUUCCCAGAAUUUCCCUUGGUGAAUGUAAACGAUAGCAGAGCUGGGAUGACUUCUUCACCUGAUGCCACAACAGGCCAGACUUUUGGCUAAGAAAUCUUUGUAAAUAAUAUUGGCACUUUAGAACACAUUUGUCAAAAGAGGGUUGCUCUGUAUAAGAUGGAGUUCUGUACAGCUUUUAAGAGCGCUACGUUAAAAGCAAGCUGAUAUUAGCAAGACCAAUAACUGCUUCUUUCUUUUUUUCUGAUUUUUUUUUGGGGGGGGUUUGGUUGGUUGUUGUUUUUUUUUUUUGGUUGUUUGGGUUUUGGUUUUGUUUUUUUUUUUUUUGCCUAGUCAACAGUCAUUGAACUGCCUAAUGUUGGUGACCCUAUCAAAGGCAGUUUAUUAUUCACUUGUUUGAAUCCAGACAAUAUUUUACCUUCUAUGAAAUUUUAAAUAAAAUCCCCAGGUAAGACUUUACCCCAGUUUCCUCACUGGUAUCCUUGUACACUUUUUGGGAGGACAGUUUAUUGUUUGAUACUAUUCAUACUGUCAUUUCCAAGCUUGUCAGCAUAGUCAUUGCUCUUCAGCAGGGAAUCAACGCGUACUAAACACACAGAAUAAACAAGUUUCAAAAUCAAGCAAAUAGGCCUUUAAAAGAUGACAUUUUCUAGGAAAAUAAUCUUUCUUCUAUCUCUUUCAAAAAUAAUUUUAGACCAUGUGCCCUUUAUUCCUGCUUUGAAUUACCUAUGAGUUGUGUUUGGAGGAAGAAAUGAAUUCUGAUAGACUAACUACUAUUUAAAAGUCUAAUUAAUGUAAAACACUUUAAACACUGUUUUUUUUGUUAAGCAAAAUGCCUAACUGCUAAAGCCUUUACUUCAUUCCUGGAGUAAUGUGUAUUUCUUUGUACCCAGAUGUAACUUUUUAAUGACUUUUUGACACGCAGAUACCAAGAUGUUGAAGUUUUAGUUAAAGUCCUCUGUUCCCCGUUGCAUAAUGCUUACACAAACUGCGUAUUCCAAGGUUUAAAAGCUUAAUUGUACCUUACCCUACAUAUUCAUGAUAAUUAACACAGAGCACUUAGACAACUUGAUAGUUUUUGGUUUCUCGAAAAGUAAAACCCCUCUUUAGGGUUUGAUACGGUUGCGUCAUUUUCAUCUCAUACAGCUCCAGUAAUUCUUUCCAGUUUUCUCGCGAUUGGGUAUCCUUAGCUUCUCUAAAAACUGUUUUAAUUCUUUAAUGCCUAGCAUUUUGGCAGUUCAGAUCAUUAAAUUUAUCAAAGUCUCCCUGAAAGCUGAAGAAGUGGGCAUUCAAGUUCCCUAUCUUUUUAGUGUUUGCUUAGUGAAAGUCAUUACGAUUUUACCAACCAAAAAAUAGUGCUAGUCAACAGGAUUUCUUCUCUUUUCUUUUUCUGGCAUAGGCAAGAGUGAUCAGAGGUUUUUGUUGCAUUUCACAGUAUAAAUAAACUACAAAGUUUAUCCCUGUACCAUGAAUAUGGGUUUUUUAAUAGUACUUUGUCUUGAAGUAUACAGUAUGGUACGAUAAGUAGUUCUGUGUGCAUUUUUAAGGUGGUAAGAUUUGAGUAGCAUAACUAUUGUGUAGUUUAAUUUAACAAGUUACAGGUUUUUGAACUGUAUGUUCAUUCUAUUGCACCUUCCCUAAAGGGACACUGUCUGGUAGUUUAAGGCAGUUUAAGCCUGAUGUGGGCUGAUUAACCAGGGAGAAAAAAACAAACAAACAAACCACACACACAUGUCUAUGUAUAGGUAUGUAUGUAUAUGGUGAUUUUUACUUUAAAAAUAGGAUUGCGUACAUCCUCUGACAGCACUAUUGCUAGCUGGUAUCCCUCAGAUGAAGCCAUCAGCUAGGAGAAAAGACUGUGUCUCGAGGGGCCACAAUACCUUCUGUCCUUUAAGAAAGGACAUGCAACAUUUCCCAUCUCUUUCCAAAGCAGUAGCAAUAUUUUUCUAGAUCUUCAUUACUAGGAAACCAAUCCCACUCUGUCUCCUUUCCCUUACGGUAGCACAAUUACAGCACUGACUUCACCUGGUACAGCUGAGGGAGAAAGUGCAUUGAUUAUCCAUAGCUUGCUUUAUAUGUUCACAAAAAAAUGCAAUUUAUGUAAACUUCUAACUUGAUACUUCUGUAUAAGAAAACAAGUUCUGGUUUAAUCAUUGACCCUGUGUGUAAUAUAGGAAGCCGUUUCGGCGUGCUAUGGUUAAUGGUAAUUUUGUCUAAUACUUGGCCCUGUGUUAAGAAGAAUGAACAUCAAGGAAGGAAAGUAAAUUCCUUAUGGAUUAUUAAUGAUACAUGUAAAGAAAAAUUUUUGGAAAGAAUAUUUUUAAACUGA